AUGAUGCUGACAGUGCACAGCAGAACGUCCGCUGAGAUCGCACUCCCCAAGGCAACAAAAUCACUGAUGCUGGAGUUCUGCUGCACACACCCGGGCAGCACCAGGAUGUUGUUCCCCCGGGGAGCCCCGUCCGACCCCGUCCGACCCCCCCACCCCAGCCCACCCCGACCCCUGGUUCCAGCUGAGGGCUCCUUCGACCACAAGGCGUUCUUCACUAAAGUCGGCCUGGCCGCCAAGUCCCCCGCUGACAUCAAGAAGGUGUUUGAGAUCAUUGACCAGGACAAGAGUGACUUUGUUGAGGAGGAUGAGCUGAAACUGUUCCUCCAGAACUUCAGCGCCGGUGCCAGAGCUCUGAGCGACGCUGAGACCAAGGUCUUCCUGAAGGCCGGAGACUCUGACGGUGACGGCAAGAUCGGAGUUGAUGAGUUCGGCGCCAUGAUCAAGGCAUAGACUGUUCCUCCACCAACUAGACCAGAUGCUUGCCCACCUACUCAGAAGGAACACUGGAGCUGAGACCACCUCCUCACCCUCUCUCGCUCAUCUCUCAACAACAAUUUUAUAUAAAUAACCUUUAACCUAACCCCCCCCCCCCCUCUCUCUCUCUCUUCCUCUCUCUCUCUCUCUCAUUGGCCGUGCUCAGCCGUCCUGUCCAUCAUGAUGAAUGUACUUAUGUGUAAAGCCUAGAUGACAUGUCUCUCUCUCUCUCUCUCUCUCUCUCUCUCUCUCUCUCUCUCUCUCUCUCUCUCUCUCUCUCUCGCUCU